AUGGAUCGUACAUGGACGAUAGUUGGAGUCGGCGGCUCUCCUAGGGUUCCCUUAUCUGGGAUCCCUGGGGAAGAGGAUCAAGUUGGCCCUUGCGAACAGCUUGAUGCACUAUCCCCCUUCAACCCUUUAGCGAAAUGCGGAAAAAGGAAGGAAAAUCCAUGGACCGACCCCAUCGUCUCCACCCCUACGAUGAAAGUUGUAAGCUGUGUUCGGGGGGAGUUAUUGUCUAUCGCCGGCCUCUAUGGUAGAAUCAGUCGGGGGCCCGAGAGGCGGUGGUUUACCCUGUGGCGGAUGUCAGCGGUUCGAGUCCGCUUAUCUCCAACUCGUGAGCUUAGUCGGUACAAAGCUAUACGAUAG